AUGUGCAAUUCCAAGCGGUGGGCAUGAGUGUACAAUAGCAAUUUUAUAUUUAUAAGAGGUGUUGGCUGGUCAGCAGAUGGUGAUAAAAUAAUGCCGAAGAAAAAUUAUUGGAUGUUUAACUUAGUUACCAAGAAUUUUCAAAACAAAGCAAUCUAUAUAAUAAUUUCUCUAUGAAUUGAGGAGGAGAUAAAAAAAUGCAAUCAUUACAGUAUAUCUAUGAUAUGAUUUUUGGUACAAUUAUUUUAUCUGAAAUAUUGAUACUCUAAUUAG